CGGCUUUCUCUGUCACGUUGAUCCGCCCCCCUCCCCGUCCUUUCACACCCCGUGUUCACGUGAUCCCGGCGGCCGGGCCGGAACCGGAGCCCGCGGUGGCGCCUCCGCCAUGGGCUGCUGCUAUAGCAGCGAGACCGAGAGCUCCGACCAGGAGGAGGAGACGAAGCGCCUCCUGGAGCCUCCGAGCACUCCUCCGGCGAAGAGCCCGAGCGGUGCCGAGCGCGGCUGCUCCGGCGUUCCGGCGGCGCGCACCGACGAGCAGGCCAUGCUCUCCUCCAUCCUCGCCAAAACCGCCAUUAACAUCAUCGACGUCUCGGCCGCCGAUUCCCAAGGGAUGGAGCAGCACGAGUACAUGGAUCGCGCCCGGCACUACAGCACUCGUUUGGCGAUGCUGAGCGGCUCUCUGACGCGUUGGAAGAAGCCACCGCCGCUGCCGUCGCUGACGGCGCAGCCCCACCAGGUCCUCGCCAGCGAUCCCGUCCCCGCCGACCUCCAGCAGGUUUCCCGUAUCGCCGCCUACGCCUUCAGCGCUCUCUCCCAGAUCCGCGUCGACGAAGAGGAGCUCGUUGUCCAGUUUGGAAUUCCAUGAGCUCCCCACGACCCCUUCCCGACCUCCGGGGGCUUCUGUUGGGGGGAUUUCCUUGGAUUUUGGGUCAUUUUUCCCCUUUCCGAUGACCCCGGGAUCAUCUUUUGGGGGGAUUUCCUUGGAUUUUGGGUC